CCAUGUUGGAUGUCAUACGGAGUUUAAAGAGCUUACUGAAGACCAGCCGAGUCAGGAUCGACAACACUGUAUUUCGACUCCAUUACACCAUUACCGUGAUUGUAUUGUUGAUGUUCACCAUUGUAGUGUCUAUGAAACAAUUUGUUGGAGAUCCCAUUGACUGCCUGAAAAGCCGAGAGGUUACGGAGUCCUACGUAAACACAUAUUGUUGGAUUCACACCACUUUCUCAAUGCCCAAUACCUAUAACAAGAAGGUGGGGAAGGAAAUUCCCUAUCCGGGAAUAGGAUCGAACACUGAAUCCACAGAUAAACUGAAGUAUCAUAAGUAUUACCAAUGGGUGUGUUUCAUGCUGUUCUUUCAAGCUGCUCUGUUCUACAUUCCACGCUGGCUAUGGAAGCUGUGGGAAGGGGGAAAAAUCCAGGCUCUGAUGAUGGAUCUGGACGUCGGAAUGUGUGGAGAGGCAGAAAAGAAACAAAAGAAGAAGCUUCUGGUUGAUUAUCUGGCCUCCAGCCAGCGCCACCACGAUUGGUAUGCUGCUCGUUACUUCAUCUGUGAAACCCUGGCCUUUGCCAAUGUUGUUGGUCAAAUGUUUCUCAUGGAUAAGUUUUUUGAUGGCGAGUUUUUAACUUAUGGUCUGGAAGUGAUCCGGUUCUCCGAAAUGGAUCAAGAAGAUCGUCUGGAUCCCAUGAUCCGGAUUUUUCCUCGCGUGGCUAAGUGUAAAUUAUUUAAAUACGGUGCCUCUGGAAACCUCGAGACUCACGAUGCUAUGUGCCUUCUUCCUCUAAACAUAGUUAAUGAGAAGAUCUACAUAUUCUUGUGGUUCUGGUUCAUCGUCCUUGCAGCGAUGACCGGCAUGGUCCUGGUGAGUCGAAUCAUUCUUGUUGUCUGUCCUCCCGUCAGGGUUUAUUAUCUAAAUUUACGCUUCCGGACCGUCCAUCUUGACCACCUCCACACGGUGGUCCGAAGGGGAUCACUGGGAGACUGGUUCCUAAUUUACAUGCUCGGUCAAAACAUUGAUCCUAUGAUAUUUAAGGAGAUUGUAGCAGACAUGGCCAAUCGCUUAACGAGGGCUCCAAAAGACUCAACGGCGUAG